GCAGACGGCCACAGCGCACAAGACACGGCCAGCAAAGACACGGAGAGCCCCGGGGAGAGCAUGUCGGUCGGUUCAGUGCUCCGGUGGAGUCUCGGUCAUUCACGAGGAGUUAAAUCCAAAUAAGGACGUGAUUUUCCUGCUGAUUGGUGCUUUUCUGCUGCUGCAGGCAGCUCGAGGAAGCGGGAGGAGCUGCUUUCUUAUUCACACUUUGACCUCCUCCUCUUCCUCUAUCCCUCCUUCUCUACAACUCCCCUCCUCACCUCUUUCUUCUUCUCCUCCUCUUGUCUUAUCCUCCAAAAAAAGAUAGAUUCCUUUUAGAUGAAAAGUCAACACCAGUUAAAGCCGUUAAAAGCUCGUUGAUGUUGCAUUUCAUAAGAUCAGUGCUUAAAUAAGGUAAAAUUGAAGAAGGAUGGAAGAAAUGGAGAAGUUGAAAGAAAAAGAGAAGGGAUCCGGGAGAAGCUAAAUGCCACUGCCAAAAAAUGUUAUUUGGACAAACUGUCCGCGAUAAACAACGUUGAUCCAGAUGAUGUAGCAGCCCAAGACUGGAUUACUGAUCCAGACACACUACCUCCUACCUUGAAGCUCUUGAACAGUUUUGCAGCGUGUGGGUACAAGACCUCCUCAUUCACAGGCCGGCUAACUGCGAGAGCAUAGUCGUACUGGCAAAGGUUCUCUCCAGCCCGGUCCAGUUCAGUCCGGUUCCAUUCACCAGUUCGUCCCAGUCAGUUUGAGUCAUGCAGUCCCUGACUCAGGAGAUCCAGAGUUUCUCUCGGACGCGGCUGAGGAAGCAGUGCACCCGUGUGACAUCACUGAGCGGCCGUCGCAUCAUCGAGACCUGGAAAGGGUCUACGAUUACUGUGGUGGAAGACCCCGUCCCCCCAGAGAGGAUGCUGGGAUAUGUCCCUGACACUUCCUGGGACUUGCAGGUUGGCACUGUCAAGCCCUACCUGCUGCUGGGUUCUCAAGAUGCUGCACAUGACUUCGGCACUCUGAGAAAACACAAGGUGUCUCACAUCCUGAACGUGGCCUUCGGGGUGGAGAAUGCCUUUCCUGACCUGUUCCUCUAUAAGACCGUCAGUAUUCUGGAUCACCCAGACACAGAUCUGCUGCCUCACAUCCAGGACUGUUCUGACUUCAUCCAGCAGGCUCGUAAAGAGAAAGGCGUAGUGUUGGUCCACUGCAAUGCCGGCGUGUCACGGGCCCCGGCUGUGGUCAUUGGCUUCCUGAUGUCCUGUGAAGGCCAGUCUUUUGACGCCGCGCUCUCGUUGGUCAGAUCAGCUCGGCCCGCCUCCUCCCCCAACCCCGGCUUCCUGGAACAACUGAGGAGCUUCAAAACGUUGACGAUUAACGGAUCCAAACACUGAGGCCGGAAGAGAAAAUGUUCAAGAAAUAAGUUUGGUUUUAAUGAGAACAUUUUUGAAAUUAUUGGAUUUUUACAGUGUAGGAUUUGGAAUAGCACUAGAAAGGGUCUGCUGUGGUGUAAUGAUGCAGAAUAAUCAAACCAGAUGUGAGGUUGAUUAAAAAAAAUAAAAAACUGCACACCACUUUUCUUUAAAAUGGUCUUCACACAAUAUACCACAUGCUGGAAAUGUAAGGAUGAAUCUAUUAAAAUCGGUUCAUCCAAAUCUUAUUGUUUCCCGCUCUUGGUUAUCCGAUUUGGUUUUGAGACUAAAUUACAAUAUUUUCUUGUUUGUGUGUUGUUAUUGAUUACUGAUGAAGUCUUCUUUGUGUUUUGGUGCCGUCCUUCUCAUAGUCAUCUCUGUGUUUUGUUAAAUUAGAUUAAUGUUUGGGGGGGUAUUCAUUCUCACAUUCACAAACUCCAGAAUGUUUUAUUUCUAAACAUAAAAAUGUAAAUGACAGAAGCAGAAAUGUUUGCUCCUCA